AUGGGCCAAGUGGAGGCUGCCGCAUCAGAUGCAGUUGACUUCCAGCUUCUUGGUCCAGGUCCAAACACAACACAGGGUCUGUGCGAACAUCAACAGGAGCCUACAUACCUUGAUCCCCAACGCCACGCGGGUCCGAUUAGGGUCUACGGACGGUAUGGCUCCAUUGCGUCCCGGGAAGAGGAACCAUGGUCCAGGCCUGGCCCUACCUCCGUGGGCAUACCGCAAACCCCACGCGGAGCAUCCCAAGGACAAAGUUUUGAUAGUGGCCGUGGUUAUAGGCUGUCAACGACAUCCAGACUGCCUGCUGGAACGCCAUUAACCCGUGGGUUUUCUAACCUCCACGCUGGUUAUACAGCCCAACGAAAUCCCUCCUCAGCACGGAGCCGCGGAUUGGGGGUCGGCCUGUCUGCUGGGAUUAGGGCCAGCCAGACUGGUAACGGGCCGGCGGAGCCUAGAGAAACCACACCACAUCACAAAGUUGCCAGCCGUCCAGUUCUGGUACCUUCUGCUUUCGGACCCCUGACAAGCAUGUGA